CGGCGGGGGAGACUUGGCCCGAAAAGCGGCGCCCUUUGGAGGUGGCCGUGGCAGCCGCUUCCUAUGUGUGAUUUGGACGGCUUGCUUCUCCUCCGGGGCGUGCCUGGACUCCGGGUCGUCUCGGGCAUCCCAGAGCGAUUGGAGGUGUGGGAGUCUCUCUUCUAUCACCUGCGUUCCAAUUGCAGUUUUUGAGAUGUGGCCUCAUGGAUGAGCUGGUACAUGACUUAGCCUCAGCCUUGGAGCAGACAUCUGAGCAGAAUAAACUUGGUGAGCUGUGGGAGGAAAUGGCCCUGAGCCCUCGGCAGCAAAGGCGGCAGCUUCGGAAGCGCCGGGGCCGGAAACGCAGGUCUGACUUUACUCACCUGGCAGAACAUACUUGCUGCUACAGUGAGGCCUCUGAAUCAAGUCUGGAUGAGGCCAUUAAGGAUUGUCGAGAAGUGGCCCCAGUCACCAAUUUCAGUGACUCUGAUGACACAAUGGUAGCCAAACGGCACCCAGCUCUCAAUGCCCUGGUUAAGAGUAAGCAACAUUCUUGGCAUGAAUCUGACUCCUUUACUGAAAAUGCACCUUGUCGACCACUCAGGCGCCGGCGGAAGGUGAAACGAGUGACAUCAGAGGUGGCUGCCAGCCUUCAGCAGAAGUUGAAGGUAUCAGAUUGGAGCUAUGAGAGAGGCUGUAGGUUCAAGUCUGCUAAGAAGCAGCGUCUGUCCCGCUGGAAGGAGAAUACUCCCUGGACCUCAUCAGGCCAUGGGUUGUGUGAAUCAGCAGAAAACAGGACUUUCCUAAGCAAAACAGGAAGGAAAGAAAGAAUGGAGUGUGAAGCAGAUGAACAAAAACAGGGCUCUGAUGAGAACAUGUCGGAAUGUGAAACCAGCAGUGUGUGUAGCAGCAGUGACACUGGGCUCUUCACCAACGAUGAAGGACGGCAAGGGGAUGAUGAACAGAGUGAUUGGUUCUAUGAAGGAGAAUGUGUUCCAGGAUUCACUGUCCCUAAUCUUCUGCCUAAGUGGACUUCUGAUCAUUGUGCUGAAGUAGAAAGAAUGGAUUCUGGACUGGAUAAACUUUCAGAUUCCACAUUCCUUUUACCUUCUCGACCAGCUCAAAGAGGAUACCAUGCUCGUUUGAAUCGUCUGCCAGGGGCUGCAGCACGAUGCCUCAGAAAGGGGCGAAGAAGGCUGGUUGGGAAGGAGUCCAGCAUAAGUACUCUGGGUACUGAGAGGAUAAGCCAUAUCAUCAGUGACCCCCGGCAGAAAGAAAAGAAUAAAACAUUGGCUUCUGAUUUUCCUCACAUUUCUGCCUGUGCACAAGAGUUUAAUCCCCUUUCUCCUCUUUACUCCCUGGAUGUUCUUGCUGAUGCUUCUCAUCGAAGAUGUUCACCAGCACACUGCUCUGCCAGGCAGCCAAAUGUACAUUGGGGACCACCAUGUUCACGUGACAUCAAGAGGAAACGGAAACCUGUGGCUGCAGCAUCUCUAUCUAGCCCCAGUGCAGUUCACUUGGAUGUGAUGGAGCCAGCCACACCAGCAGCACAAGCCCAGAAGACUCCACACCCUGAGUGGUUGGUCAGGACCUCUGCCACAGAGAAAGCCACUGACUCAAUUACAGCUACAUUUUUUAAAAUGCCACAAGAAAAGAGUCCUGGAUGCAGCUAGAGAGCACUGUUCACCCACCUGGAGCUGACUUGGUGUUGAAAGAAGCAUUAGCCUUCCUAACGUGUAGUCCUUUCCAGUCUUUUUAUCACCGGGAUGGACGACUCCUCACACAGCUGCAAACUCUUAGAAAAUCAUGUUGUGGGAAUCUUUUUUUUUUUAAGCUAGUGAAGUAUUGAGGCAACAAUGUAAAGAGAAAAAAAAGAAAAAAAAAAAGGUCAUCCUAUUAUGCCCCAUCUGGUACAUUAUUGCUAUCCCACCAUUUACCUAUAGCUCCAUUUACAGAGCUGUUGCCUUUUUUGCAGGUAUGUCUUUGUUCUUGAAAAACUGAUAACUGCUUUUGCAUACCUUUUGUGAAGAGCUUUUAAUAUCACUUGAUGAAGUCCCAAAUUUGCAGCCAGUUCCACAUUCCUGAAUGGAAUUGUGUUUGCAGGAGAUUAGGUUCACCUUGGAGCCAGGUCUUGAUUCAUUCAGCGUGCCAAUAAGCUGUAUGUGUCAUGUUCUAAAAAGAGACACCAGCAGUGUGGCCGUUGGGAACUUCAGUUUUUCUGCAGAUGAUCUAAUGGGAUCAGCAGCAGCUGCAUGGUACUUCACCUCAUCUUCAAAGUUUAUGUUUUAGUGAAAGAGGACGUAUCCAUACUUAAAGAUGAGGAAGAUGGUUUAGGUAUACAGCAAACUUAAAAUAGUCAUGAAUUGUGUCUGCUUCAUGUUACAGUGUAAGCCUUUAUGUUCUAAGUUGGACUUUAUUGCUAGUGUUAUAAGUCAGUAACCUAUAGCAGAAAUUUAUACUCUAUUAUAAUUAUGGCUUUUCGGGGCCAUGCUUUGGUGAGAAAAAGAGUCUUUUUGACAUACCUUUAUAGUUGGCGUGUUUAUGACGGCUCAGCUGCAUGCAGAGGUAGAUAUACAGUCGUGCCUGAAGUUGGAAGCUACUUUGUCAAAAUGAGGAAUAAGUGAUUGCCUGGAGCUGCUGGAGAAAAGCCACACUUUCUCAAAAAGUAUUAUCAAGAGUGUCAUUCAGGGGCCUGGUUGACAGAAGGGCUCUUUUUUUUGUACGAAUUGAGUGUUUUUACUCUGAAAUACAUGGAGACUGUUUGUUAAAUGCUCACCACUAUGGUCACAUGGGAGAGGAGCAUCCAUCCACCCCAGCACCUGGAUAUUUUCUGUCUUAAAAAGAGGUGCUGAGUGGAGCAGCACCUCCUUCCCCCAAAGUGUGAUUCUCUCUUCCUCCCACACAGAAUGUAAUAGUGGGUUGUUUUAUUGUGUACCCUUUAAAAAUUGUUGUUCUUAUCAGUAGAAACUCUUGGUGAAUGAGGUGGGCAGGUGGACAGGUAUGAAUCUAGUUGAAAAGGGGAACUUGAAGAUGAGUUUACAUAGCACUUUAUGUAAGACUGAGAACAUGACAGUUAACCAUAACAAGGAAAAUGAGGGAGGGGCUGGUGGAGUUCUUGGAAUGACUGAAGCCAGCCCAGCACCCUGGGAAUCAUCCCUGGCUCUCAGGCAGGAGUGAGUGUACCGACAGAAGUCUAAGGCUAUACUCAAGAAAUAUAGAGAAUGUAAUGUCUGUUGGAUAUAAAAUGGCACUGCUGAAUUUUCUUAAUGAAGAAGGUAGGUUUUGUGGCCGUGUGCAGUCUCCCCAUAGUGGCCAGAGGCACAUUAAUCCAACCUACAUAGUUUGAUUUAAGGGAGAAAUCUGUGGAUAUAACUUUUUUGUUAGUGCCAAGCUCUGUGAUUCAUGCAGAGAUUGGUCAUGUCAUGACCUGGUAAGACCUCUACAGUUCAGGUGCAAAGGUGUUCCAGCAUCUUUUUUUAAUGACAUGUUGCCUACCUUUCUACCUAUGAUUUAAAAUAAUUUAUAUAUGCAGCCUUAUUUACAUUUUAAACAUCUCUGUGAAGUUAUGCCAUUUUACAGAGAUGAAAACAGUCAUGGAGUUGAGUGACUUGCCUAUCACAUGACUAAGUCAGGACUAAAAUUCCAUAGUUUCAGACUUUUCUCCCUUGGGUUAUAAUCUGUUUUUUCCUUUGUAGACCCAAAUAAUCAGUCUUAGACCCAUGUUUAUGAAACAGUUUGCCAUGAAUGUUUAUUAUCUUUCUUGGGCAUGCUUUGCUAUACAGUUUGAAUACUUUCAACAGCACUCACUCAAGAAUGCAACAUCUACCUGUAAUAAAUGGGAAGAUAAAAUUAGUUGACUGUGAGAAUAGAAAUUUAAGCACACAAAUACUUUCCAGUACAGGGUGGCAAAUUGUGCUUCUCAUUUUAAGGUGCUGAAUGUUCAUGCAAAAUUAUUAAUCAACUUAUUCUGCUUGUUUUUUUGUAUUAACCAAUGCCAGAGGCUUGCCAUGGAAUCAAGUGUAUUUUAAAUCUUAAAUUUUAAUAUAUAAUGUUAUAAAUUAAGACUAAUCUGUUGCCUUUUGAGAAAAGAUGUAGUUUCAAAAUCAGAUUUUGUAAUCAGUUUUGAAAAAAAAAUGAAAGCAGAACAUACUUUGAGAAUAAUCAUGAGCUCACAUGUUUGAUCUGAUCAAAAGUAUAACUGAAGCUGAGUUUCAUGGUUUUUAUUUCUGGGUCUGGCUACACAAAUUCUCUGAACUCUGCUCUUAUGUGUGUUCCACAAUGGGCAGAAGUCAAGACAUUAUCCACUUGCAUGAGGACCAUUCAUAAAAAAGUAAGUUUUACUUAUGAGUUUAGGGGAAUUUCACAUUGUUUCUCCGAUGCAAUAUUUUAAAGGAAAAACUUAAUUUUUGUCAAAACUCUGUUUCACUUUUUGGUAAGGCUUGAUGAGAAGAGGAAAUUAGUAGCUGUUUACAUGUUUCCAAAUGUGGAGGAGGCAGAAUAUAAUUUUUACUGAGUGGUAGGUGGUUGGAAAAUAGGCCACAUUUAGCCUUGAGUUUUUUAGAAAUCAAUUUCAGUUACAGAUUUCAGAUAAUACUGUUUUUUGGGGCUGUGAAAUAGGCUCCAAGCAAGCUAGUUCUUGCAGCCAAAUGACCCAAAGCUGAAGUAAAGCUUAAUCUGCUGUGCUUGUGGUUGGCAUACUUUGUUAAGUAAAGCUCAACACCUAGAACAGUAAUUAUACUAGUUAAGAAUCUCAGAUAGUUUAAUCUGACAUAGCUCUGCAUUUCGGGAUUAGAGAUGCUAUGCACAUAGCUAUAUAUCAUUCUCCCUUGGCCCAGAAAGUUCUGAUGCUGCUGAGUUAUCCCUGAAGCCACUUGGAGUUGAGAAAGCAAGUGUUGCAACAAAGGAGCUAGACUGGUUCAGUCUUCGCUGAUGUGCUGGGUGCUUCACUUGGGCUCUGGGUGAAGGUUCCUGGUGAUGCAUGAUUCAUUUUAGGUCUUUGCUUUCUUUGGUUUUCAUUACUGUGGUUCCAAGCCACAGUUUCCUACCCCCACUUCCUGGGGGUGAAGGCCGUGUGAAAGUCUCCACAUUAGAAGCUAUAUGCAGUGUCCCGUGUCUUGUGAAUCUUACCUGAGCUGAGAGCAGAGUGGCUUACACUAGCAGCUGUGGAUGCAAUCUGGUUGAGAUAUAGUUUAGAUGGGUCAUGGGUUGUGGGAUGGUGGCGGGGAUAAUUUGCUCUUGUCGGCUGCUUUCUUUGCUGAUGCUUGAGCUGCCAAUUUUACUUGUCAGUAUUUCCUUAUCUCUUAUUCCUCUUAGCAGAAUUACUCUUGCAGGCAAUGGUCAGUGGAGUUCCUAAUCCAUCAGAAAACUACAAUAGAGGGGCUGAGGUUGGGGCUCACUGGUAGAGCACUCGCCUAGCAUGUGUGAGGCACUGGGUUUGAUCCUCAGCACCACAUAGAAAUGAAUAAAUAAAAUAAAGGUAUUGUGUCCAAGUAUAACUAAAAUAAUAUUUUAAAAAAAUAAAAAGAAAAGAAAACUACAAUAGAAGGCAAAGGUGAGGAAAAUGUUAAGUUCUACCACCAGGCACUAAACAAAGGACACAGAUGUGUUCUCCUGGAAACAUCACUAUGAUAGCAAAAUAAAGAUGAUGAGCAAUGUUGUUGGAGUGUGGAUUAUAAGAUUUUUAAUAAGCCAGGUAAAACAGAUUAUGGUCAAAAGAAAAAAAUUUUGUGUAAAUCAUUUAGCACAAUGGUCAGAUUUGGUGACUAAGAAAUUUCUAAAGUAUAGUAUUGGAAGAUCCUGAUGUAAUAUUAAAACAUUCUUAUAUUCACUGACCAUCUCAUCUUGGCGCGAUAAAGAUGUGGGAAGGCAAAAGGAGAAGGGGAGAUGCAUAGAGCAGAGGUUUCAGAGUAUGGUCCCUAGAUUUUGUUUUCAUUGGCAGACCUACUGAAUCAAAAACAGGAUUAGCCCAGCAAGCCUUUAGCUUGCCUUCCUGUGCAUGCCAACAUCUGAGAACCACAGGCUUUGCCACAAUGAAAUGUUUUAAAUGGUGCCUAAGCUCUGAGGCGCUCUUUUCUUCCCUGUAUAAGUAAAGGGAUGUUUUGUGUAUGCUGCUUUGCAGAAAUUAUUCAUGUCUUCAUUUCCCAUGUUUUUUCCUCCACGAGCACUUGAAAGAUUGGAAAUAUCGAGAAAGGAUGAUAUGGAGGAGAAUGGCAUCAAGGCCAUAUUCAGGUGGACGGAAAUAACCUUUUUUAAAUGGGUAUAAAUAUAGCAGUAGAUUUUUAGCCUUUGAAUGAUAGUCAUUUUCACAAUUCAUAGUAAAAACAUUAUUUGUAUAAGAUACUACCACUUAUUGGUUUAACAUAUUUGUUCAUUAAAUCUUAGUUUCAAGGGAAUAUCACGUAUCCAGCAUGAUAAUGAUGAAUCCUUUAAAGUGUGGCUUAUAAAAAUGAAAAAGUUGGCUGGGUGUGGUGGUGCAUGCCUGUAUCUCAGUGACUCAGAACACUGAGUCAGGAGGAUAGCAAGUUCAAAGCCAGACUUAACAAAGGACUGAGGAUGUGGCUUCCUAGUUAAGUGCCCCUGGGUUCAAUCCUUGGUACCAAAAAAAAAAAAAAAAAAAGAAAAAGAAAAAAAAAAAAGGAAGGAAAAAACUCCUAGGGUACAUUGCAUACAUAUAAUCAAUAUCUGUUCAGUUUUUGGUAAUCAUCUGCUAAUGCUUUAUCUCAGUACCUCAGAGCAUACAAAAAUGAGUUUUCCACAAUUCCAUUAACAUUCUUUUGUCUUUGUUUUACAUUGCAGCUAGUUGAGUCUUCAGGGGUUGGAAACUUAACAGCAAUAUCAUGCUAUUUCUGUUGUCUGACUCUGGAUUCAACAUUUCAGAAUGAUACUGUAAUCUUAAAGCUUCGAAAAGACUUAAUGACCAUUUUUCUAUUUUAUUUUUAGUAAUUAGGCUGGAUCCUAGCUUGUUGCCAAAGCCUAGGAAACCGAGUCCCCUUUCAGAAGAUAAUGUGUGGCUAAGGAGUUCUUGUAUUUGCAGAGAUGUACUAGGAGUUCUGUAAUAUGUUUCCUUAGGUGUUUAUGAUGAGUUGUUUAAAUGUCAUUUCAAUUGUUGCAGUCUACACCAAUUUUUCUUUUCCUCCUUAAAGAUCAGUUAAAACUACCUCUGGCCAGAAAUACUCAGUUUUACUAGAAAUUAUCAAGAAGCCCCUUAUGAUAUGAAUUAUGUAGAUUAAUGUUUUCAUUCUCUGAAAGUUGUGACCCUUGCAGCCUGUUCAGUCAAAUAUUUUUCAUUGGAAAAGUGAAAGCAAAUAUUAGAAAACUUUAAAAUGGCCGUGGUAGGUUUAACUUAAAAUCAACCUGCUUUGCUGUGUAUAGAUUCUAUAUCUUGUUCCUCCUGGUAGUCCAUGGAAGAAAUUUUAUGACCAAGCAAACUGAUGCCGCCCCCAAAUCAUGGUGAUUGAGAUUGGAUUGCUCCGUUUUUAAUCUCAGUCAACCCCUCUCCUGUUGGUAGGAGCUUUUACACAGCCAUUCCAAAUCCUGGUUACCUCCACCUUCUCUGAGGCAGCACUAGGCAGCGCUUCUUGCUCACUCGUCCUCCCAUGCACAUGUCUUCGCCUGUUCUUACAAGUGCCCAUCUUGCCCAGGAGAACCCUUUUCUACCCCUUGCACUCUCACUCUGGCUACAGCCUCUCCACUCACACACAGCUUUACAUUCUAAUGUGUUAAAAGACUCUCUUCAAACAAAAAUUCCUCAGCUCUGAACCCCUGCUACCAUUGAAGACCACGGAAGUAUACCACCCUUACCUGUGAGUCCACUCAUUCUGCAGUCCACUGAAGCAGUGGGUUUUUUUAACCCCAGGUGCAUAUGGGGAUCACCUGGAGAGCAUUAAUAAAAGCUGAAUUCCCCAACUGGACCAAUUAUAUCAGAGAAAGAGGGAACAGACUAUUCUUUUAAAAACUGCAGCAAGGGCCGAGAACUACUAUAAAACCUGCCUGUUACCCUUGUCACCAUUGAAGUUGUUCUUGCUGGGUUCAGCAGUAACUUUUCACUGUGAAUAUUUAGUCCUUGGGUUGAUCUUUAUGAUGCUGGUGGUGUUAGACUACUUUCUUUAUCGGGAGCAAGGUCAGAAAAGGAAGAAUUUUAGAAGGAAGUGGUUUGCACUUUCUCCGAUUUGCACAAGCAGGCAGAUUGGUUGGUAGGUGAGUCCAGCACAGACUGGAUGUCUUGUCUCUGAUUCUACCUGUUAUUUUAAUUGAUGUCCAUAGGCUAAUGAAUUCCUUUGCCCUACCACCUUAGUGCAUCAACUUAAAGCAUGGGUUUAGAAUGAGGCACUUAGAUUCAUUAAUAAUUAUUGUAAGCUUUGAGGAAAGCAUAUUCAGGGUCUCCUAUGCUUCUUUACAAGUGCCCAUCCUGCCCAGGAGUUUCUCCAAAUCAUAAGGUAGGAUUUGCUAAUCAGAUUAGAAUCUAAGAGAUUACCCUGUAGACUAGAGGGUAGAGCUGCUGUUCAUGAAAAGUCAGGCUUGAACAGUACCAUCCCCCAUCACAUGCUCUUUUCACUUGUGACUUACUGGGGUUUUAGACACUGGCCCUCCCUCUUGGCCAUCUCUGCAUGCUGCCCUGGACAUGUAGGGGUUCCAUUCAGAAGGGACCUUAUGUGUACCUGGCUCCUUCAAAUUACUAAUUUCUAAUUCAAUAUCUAGGGUAGGUGGGUCUGCUUAGUAGUCAUGUCCUAGCCGUAGAAAGUGAGAAGCCUUCUGCAGUGUUUAACUUCCACUGGGGAUGGGAAACUAGCACUAAACACAGGAAGGUACCUCACAUGCGGGACAGCCAAAUAAAACGGGUCCACUGGAGUCAUUGCCCUAGUCCCUCAUUUAGCUGAACACUGGCACUAAUCCAAUCCUCCUCAGGAACCUCUUAGGGAAGGGAGUAGCUGCCCCAGAGGGGAAUAUUCUAGGGUCCCUUAGAUAUAUGCCUUUGAAACCACUAGAACCUAUCUGCUGUCCUUAAUAAUGAUAAUGGAGAAUAUUUACCAAGUGAUUAUUAUAUGCCAUCUAUAAGCAUUUCAUUUAUUUCUCAACAACUAAGGUUGGUACUUAUCCAUUUUAAAGUAAGGAAAUAGUUACAGAUUAACUUGCUCAAAGUCGUAGUUAUGAAGUGUCUACCUGGAUUCAAGCUCAUCUGUUUGAUAUUAGAGUGACUGAUCCCAACCAGUACCUAUGCUGCCUCUUCACAAUACAAAUGAACUGUUGGAGGCCAUACGUGGAAGAAAUGCACUGUGGGUCAUGGGCCCAGGGCCAGGUGUCUAUUGAAACCCCUUAAACCUUUGGCUUGUUGCUCCUGGUAGGCUAUGUAUCCGCUAAUUGUGAGUGGAUUCAUUCUCUCUGUCUACAUCAUUGAAAGGAAAUAGACAAUUUCUGGGACAUUGUCUUAUUACAACCCAUUUUUUUUUUUGUUUGUUUGUUUCAAAGGUGGCCAGAGCAAAGGAAAAGACAAUAAAAUCAAGUCUGUGGCAAUAAAAAAGUACUGCCCUGUGCUGGGUGUAGUGGUGCACACUUGUAACCUUAGUAUCGUGUGAGGCUGAGGUAGGAGGAUUGUGAGUUCAAAGCCAACCUCAGCAACUUAGGGAGACACUGAAAAACAGAAAAGAGAAGUAUUGUCCUUUGUGUACUAAGGUUCAACAGAUUUCUCAGCCAGAACGACAUGUAUUUCAAGUUGUUAAUGGUAGUGAUGGACUGUUAAAAAACAUCUUGCUAGACAUCUCUUUGCUAGCAAAACAGCUGUCUUAAAGUCUUGGCUUUUAGGAAUGCUCUUUAUUCAGUGGAUGUGUGAAGAAUACAUUUUAUGCCAAACCAUACAUAAUAGGAGCUGAGUACUGUGGAAUUCCUGCUUUCAUAAAGUUCAUAGUCUGAUGAGGAAGAGAGUAGAAAAACAAGUAUUAUGUUGGGGGUUUGUGUGGGAGGAGAAUAUCAGUAUUUUGGCAGUGCAGUUGAGGGCACUUUAAUUAAAACUGGGCAGAAGAAGGAGUCAAAAAAACAUGACUCUGAGUCUCGAGCAACGAACAGGAGUUAAAUGGAGAAGUUGAAGUCUUCCGAGGGUGGAAGCAUGCUUUGUUCAGAGCACAGCACAUGUUUUGGUGUGGCCAGUAUAUAAAGCAGGGAGAGGUAGAAGGAACGAUGGGCCCUUGUGCUUGAGGUAGAUGGUAGUGGCGGGCUGGCUUGUUGAUUUGGAGAGCUGUGGUAUUUCAGCUGAGUUCAGCUGUGGUUAUGGAAACCCUGCUACUGCUUGGCCAUUGUGCAAAGCUGGAACUGAGAACUGAACAGGUUUGCAUUCCCUUGAUCAACUUCCCUGGGAAAUAGAACCAGCCCACCUAUUGGUAGGAACUACUGAUAUGUUUAAGAUUGAAAUGAAUUGGGAAUAAGAUUUAUCCCAUGACUUGUCUGAUUGCCUUACAUAUUCUAGCAUGAUACUAGUCUGAGAUUAUUCCCUUGGAACCACGUACUUGUUUUGGUAGAAUUUAAUGUACAUUGUGAUGGUCCUUGUUCCUAUACUGUUCUUCAGUAACAAAGUUGUUACUAACUAUCUGUAAAGCAUUUUUAGUUUGUUUCUCAGUAGUGACAAUAAAUUUGUGUUGAUCCAUUUAAACCUUUUCAGUCAUUGAUAUUUUAAGCCUGCAUAAAGUACUCCAUCCAUAGAGUAAAACCAAUUCAGCUGGCCCACACUAAUCUCUGAACCCUUAAUUUCUACCUCGUUAGUACCAUGCUGUAAGCAAAGUUUUCUAAGUCCUCUAGAACUAAAAGUGAAAUAAGUGUGUUUUUAGUCAUUAUUUUUGCUGAACAGCUUCUGAUUGACCAGCAUUUAAAUUAGCAGCUUUUGUAUAUAGAAAUAGGAAAAUGACUUUUAUGCCCCAUUAUUAAGAUAGUAGGGAGAAUAAAUAAUCAUUGCUUAUAGUAGGGAAUUAAGAAAUAGAGAAUUUUAGGGGAUUCUGUGAAAAAGCAUUUAAAAUAGUUUGCUAGAAGGAAAAUUCAGACUGUUAAUUAUGAGAAAAAAAAACACAUGUAUACACAACCAAGCCACAUAAGUUAUUUUUUAAAACUAGAAUAAGGCCAAACAAAUCUGUCACAUUAAAGUAAACUUACCAAUAAGUAGAAGACAAAAAUAUCAAACAUUAAUUCCAUGUUGUAAGAUUCAGAAUGGUUCAGAAAGGUUGAGCAAGAUAAACCAAUAAGAAAACCAGUGGUAGAUUUUAAUAUCAGAAAAGGUUGAACUAAAGAAGAAUUAAAAGAGAAAAAGAGCAUUAUAUAAUGUGAAAGAAGGCACUUAACACUGAAAAUAUAAUAGAUACCUGAAUAAAUAACAGAAUAGCCAUUCAUAUAUUACCAACCAUAGGAGAUAAGGAAGAAACAUACAAUGUUAGAGAUUUUAAUGCAAUCAUCAAUUCAUGACAGAUCAAGUGAUAAAAACUAGAACAUGGGAACAUUUAAAUAAAGUAUUUUAUAUAUUUAGACUGUGCCCUAAAACAGUGACUACACCUUAUUUUCAAGUGUUCAUGAACUUUUCCCCCUAAUUUAUUGUAUAUUGUAUAUACAUAAAUUCCAGAAUGGAGAAGUAGUACCAAUGGCAUUUAGUGAUAUGAAUGCAAUAGAAUAUAACUGGAAAACAAUGUCCAUCUGCAAUCUAAAGUGUUUUUAAGCUCUUGAACUUGGAUUGAAGAGGAACUGCAAAGCAUUAAAGAGCAUUAUUUUAUACCUAAAAAUACACUUGUUCCUAUCAGAUUCAAAUGAAGCAGUGCCUAGAAGAAAAUUCAUAGCCCUAAUAUUGUGUACCAAAAAAAUUAAAAAUUUAAACACACUGCUCAAGAUAUUAGGAAAAAGAUGCAAAAUGACUCUUUUAAAAGACAAAAAGUAAAGAUAAGAAAUUAAUUUUUUAAAUGGGAAGAUAGAUUUUAAUAGAGCUCAUUUUAAAAAAUAUGUGAUAAAAUGAUAACAGAACACAGGUGAAAUAAGGUAGAACCAUGAGACAUUAAAAUGGAUUGAGUCAUAAAUUAUACUUUGCCCAACUAUAUGCAAAUAAUUUUGAAAACUUGGGCUAGAGGAUAAUUUUUUAAGGAAAAUAUAAUUUGCCAAAAAUGACUUGGAAAGAGAGAAGUCUAAUGUACUGAUUAUUAUGAAAGAAAUAAAAGUAUUAUUUGUAUUAAUAUGACAUACCUCAAAUGACCCUCUCAAAAAAAUACAUACAUAUAUAUAUAUAUAUAUAUAUAUAUAUGGAAAAAUUUUAAAAACUUUUUGUUGUAUUAGUUUUCAGCAAGAAAUAGAAUUUAUUUGAAAGAUGUGUAUUUUAGAGUCCAAGCAAAAGUUCAGUCAGUAUUGAAGUAAGAACAGUUAAGGGAACAUGAGCGGUGAUGAUUUAUGGUCCUUCUCGUGUCCACAUUAGUGUGACACAGAGCCUCCUCUUGACAUUUCUUAAGCCCUUCUCCCAGCUUCUCCUAAUGUUAACUACCCAUGUUGCAGUUAUCAAACUAGGAAAUUAACAUUGACACAAUCCUAUGAACUACAUACUUUAUUAGAAUUCACCAGUUUUCUCACUAAUGUUCUUUUUUUCUGGCUCAGGAUUCAGUGCAAGAUCCAUAUGUACUUGUGUUUUCUGGGAUUGAUAUUCUGCUCCAUGGUCUACUUGUCUACUUUUGACAGACCACACUGUUGAAUUUUAGAGACUUUAAUAAUAUGUUUUAAUGACCAGUAGAGUUCAUCCCAUUUGUAAUUUUUCUCUUUUAGUGUGUUCCUGCCUAUUCUUACAUGUUUAUUUUUCCAUAUGAAAUUUAGUAUCAACUUGUCUGACUCCAUUAAAAUAAAGUGUGUUGGAUUUUUA